AAUGUAUGUACAUACAUAUGAAUGCACAGUAUAUAUCAAGACGAUGUACUUGUUAAAGACAGCGUUGAGCCAUGACCAGAAUUGUCUUCGGUUCCUCUCGCUCUGCUUCAACGCAGACUGCGCCGCCCUCGCAAGGAGCUUCAUCCCUGAAAUAAACAUUUUAUAUAUUUCACAUUUUUUAAAACUUUAUUAUGAGUAAACCGUGGGGCAAAAACUACCAGAAUAUGAGUAAAUAUGCUUUGACCUACCCUAUUAGCGAGCAGACUGUUUAUCUUUCGGGCGCGGCCAUUUUGACGUCAUCCAAAACGCGCUUGCCUAUUGGAUGUGCAGGGGAAGGCGGUAAAUCUCGCGAGAGCGAAGGGAAGAGCUCGGGUUUCAGCCAGUUAGCAAUGACAGCACAAGGAGGAGGAAACUCAACACUGAAGGCGGACCGCUGCUGCAAAAACACGUUUUGUAUUUUUUUUCCUUCCCACAAUGAUAACGCUGCUCUGAAGAGCCCUUCUAGCAAUCGCCAUGUUUCGGAUGCUGGCCAGCGCCUCUUUUAAAGCUGCUAGCUGCCAGCCCAAAGUGCUACAUGACGUCGCCAGCAGACACUUGCAAAGCUCUUCGUACGACGUCGCCCUGGUGGGCGCCGGCAUCGUGGGCUUGGCCACGGCCAGAGAGCUCAUCCUGCGGCAUCCCACACUCAGCUUCAUCCUGCUGGAAAAGGAGAAAGAACUUUCCUCACAUCAGAGCGGCCACAACAGCGGCGUGAUCCACAGCGGCAUCUACUACACGCCGGGCUCGCUCAAGGCUCGCCUGUGCGUGCGAGGAGCGUCGCUCGCCUACGAGUACUGCGACAAGAAGGGACUGCCUUACAAGAAAUGUGGCAAGCUUAUCGUGGCCGUGGAGCAGGAGGAAAUUCCUCGACUCAAAGCGUUAUACGAGCGUGGACAGAAAAACAACGUGCGCGACCUCAGCAUCGCGGACGCCAAAGGGAUUCGAGAGCGAGAGCCGUACUGCAGGGGCAUCAUAGCGUUGGACUCGCCCCACACGGGGAUCGUGGACUGGAGGCAGGUGGCGCUGCAGUACGGCAAAGACUUUGAAGAGGCGGGGGGAAAAGUGCUGACUCAGUAUGAAGUCAAUGACAUCUCCAUGGUGAAGGAGAGCCCAGCGGGGGGCGCUGAAGGCCUAAAAUAUCCCAUUGCCAUCAAAGACAAAAAGAACAACGAGGUGCGUUGCCGCUAUGUCCUGACCUGCGGGGGUCUCUACUCGGACCGCCUGUCGCAGAUAUCCGGAUGCAGCCGAGAGCCGCGGAUCGUCCCUUUCAGAGGCGACUAUCUGGUCCUGAAGCCUGAGAAACAUUACCUGGUCAAAGGUAACAUCUACCCUGUGCCAGACCCCCGCUUCCCCUUCUUGGGCGUCCACUUCACGCCACGUAUGGACGGCAGCAUUUGGUUGGGUCCCAACGCCGUGCUGGCCUUCAAGCGGGAAGGCUACAAAGUCUACGACAUCAACGUGCGCGACCUGGCCGACGCGCUGUCCUUCAGAGGCCUUCAGAAGCUGGUGCUGAGGAACAUCAGGUACGGCGUUGGAGAGAUGUACCGAGGCAUCUUCAUCGGCGCACAGGUCAAAAUCCUCCAGAAGUAUAUUCCCGAACUGUCUCGGAGCGACGUUCUCAGGGGUCCAGCCGGGGUCCGCGCUCAGGCUCUGGACCGCGAUGGCAACCUGGUGGACGACUUUGUGUUCGACGGCGGCGUGGGCGACGUGGGAAGCCGGGUGCUGCACGUGCGCAACGCUCCCUCGCCCGCCGCCACCUCCUCGCUCGCCAUCGCCGAGAUGAUCGCCGACGAGGUGGAGAGCCGAUUCGCGCUCUAAGCUCUAGGUUUUGGCGUGAGCGCCCGGUCGCCGCAGAGACGGCGCGGCGGCAACAAGCCUUAAUUUGCUGAUUCAGGAGGAUGUCGGAGGGAAUGAAGUCAAAGCUAGCACAAAGUGCGCAACAAAGUGAACAAAGUUUCUCUUGCAGUGUUUUUCGCCGAUGUUCACUCGCAAAGUCACAAAUCUACAGUAACUCUCCUCGCCUUAUUUCCUUAGAAGUGUUGCGCAAGCAUGAAGUACAGUCAUGAAGACGUAUGUCAUCUUUCAGUCACGUGACUCCAAAUAGAUUCUGACUUUUCAAGGAAAAAAAAAUGCACUUUUUGGGAAUUUCGCCCGCCAUCCACAAUCCUUAUUGUGGAAAUCAUUACGCCCAGGAAGGACGUACCGCUGAUGCUUAAAAUGACCAAAAUAGGGUAAAAUGCUAUAAGUAUUCCAUGUUAUCAUGAAUGUACAGUACCUGCUACUGCAUGCUCACAGCAUGGAUAGAAAACCACCAAACUUGGUGGUGUUUUAACAUGAGGCUCUGCAGGCGGACUAGCUGUAUCCCAUUACGUGCAUUGUUAGCUGCUUCAUGUAGUUUUUCAUCCUUUAGAAUCCGAAAGGAAAAGUGCAUUUUUGGGGGGGAAUUUUACCCAACACCCACAAUUUUUAUGUGAGACACGAAUACGCCUCUUUGUGUUUCUGUGCGUUCUAAAGAUAUAAAAACGUCUAAAAAGAGGCAGCUCGUUAACUCAUUCAAUCCCAGCCAUUUGUCAAGACAACCCCUUCAGUACCGGCCAUUUUAGGCUAUUUUGACUGAUUCUUCAAGGCACACAGAUUGUUGUGUUCUAUGGUUAUAUACACAUGGAACCCACUGAAAGAAAGAUUAGACUCACGUCUUUUAAAAGUUUGUUUCUACCGUUUUCCGUUCUUUAGUAAUCAGCAUUAGAACAGGUACGUUUCGGAAACCUGCAUUGUGAAGCUAGUCGCUAGCCGGUGUGGUGUGGCGAGGUGUCACUACGCCAGUAAUGUAGUUCUUUGGCAUAACAAUGUUAAUAACAUUAACGGAGCUCUGUUGCUGCUUUUUGGAGGGGUUUUUUCAGAAGGCUUUCUAGGCGGAAUGGGUGCGUCCCAUUACGUGCAUUGUUAGCCGCCACUUUUUGGCUGUUUUUAUAUCUUUUAGAAAGCACAUCAGAGAUGUGAAAUGUAUCACAUGGAUUGUGGAUGGUGGGCAGAAUUCCCCCAAAAAGUGCAGUUUUCAUUUAACCUAGGUGACUGACAGGUGAAUGUUACUGUGUUUUUAUACAAUAAAUACACUUUUUUAACUACAAA